UUCGUGUGGGGGAGGAUCUUUAUAUUUAUUGAGUGAAGAGAAAAGAGAGAAAGCAACUUGUGGGGUUUUGUCAUCAAUCUACUUAUCUCUCUCUUUUUCUCUCUCAUAAUCAAUUCAGUGCCUGAUUUUUGAUCUAUCUAUCUCUCCCCCUCCUCUCUUUAUUGCUACUGCUGCUCCAUUUUCUCAAGAAAAUAUCUCUUCCUGUGAUCAAGCUUUCAUGUAGAGUGAGAGUGAGUGAAGAUAAUAUCCUGAUACAGAAAUCAUGCAGGAAAUUGAUCAGACCGAACUGGAAUCUAAUUUGUCAUCAAGAACAGAGAAUCAUGCGUCCAAGAAAAGAAAGAUGGGUGAGAGGGUUGUGGUGGCUGUGAAAAUAGCAGAAAAUGAUAAAAAGCAGCAGAGAAAUGAAGGGCCGCCUUCUGAUUGUUGGUCUUGGAGAAAAUAUGGUCAGAAACCCAUCAAAGGAUCGCCUUAUCCUAGGGGAUACUACAGAUGCAGCACAUCAAAGGGUUGUUCAGCUAAAAAACAAGUAGAAAGAUGCAAAACAGAUGCAUCAAUGCUCAUAAUCACCUACACAUCAACCCACAAUCAUCCUGGCCCUGAUUUCUCUUUACCCACCAAUCAGAAACAAGAAGAGAAGGAGACUGAUUCAGCCCCUGAAUCCACUGAUACUCAGCCCACAACUCCAAAACAAGAACAAGAAGCAGAGCUGAUGCCUCAGGAAACCCCAGUAAGCAACUCUGAACAUCAGUUCCAAUACUCCCAAUCUCCAUUCAAUUCCACCACCACAGACCACAUCAUUGUGAAUCAAGAAAACCCUUUUCAAGAAAAUCUGGAAACACAUGGUGGGGUUUACAGUGAAGAUCCCAAAUCAGUGGUUUCUCAUGAUGCCGUCGAAUUGUCAUCACUCCUGAAACCAGAGGAGAAUGACUUCUAUGAUGAGCUUGAGGAACUGCCCUCGUCUUCAUUUUUCACAGCCUUCAUGAGAAGCAGUUUCUGUGAGGAAACAAUUACAGUAAACCCUUCUUGAUCGCUGCGUGCAUUUCCAAAUUCCGUAGCUUUUCAGUCCCUAGAGAUGUGUAUAUUUAGAUUUUUAGUUCGCUUGUUCACAUGGAAGAAACCCAGUUGCCACUGGCGGUUAGCUCAAUUUCUGGCCCUGAACCUGACCCUGACCGUGACCCUUAGUGCUUUUGCUUUCUUUCACUUGAU